GCGCCGGCGCCGAGCGCAGCCAUGGGCAAGAGCCGGGCGCGGCGGUUCCGCAGGGCGCCCCGCGCCCCCGCCGGGCCCGCGCAGCAGCGCGACGGCGAGCGCGGCCCCGAGGAGGAGGCGGCGGCGGAGCUGCUGGAGAAGCUGCAGCAUCCCAGUGCUGAAGUGAGGGAGUAUGCCUGUGCCAGCAUUUCCAAGCUGCUGCAGCAGAAGCACGUCAUCCCAGCCUUUGUGCAGCGGGACGUGGUGCGCUGCCUGGGGCCCUUGCUGAUGGAUCACAGCCUGGCUGUUCGGGAGACAGCUGCAGGUGCUCUCCGAAAUCUGAGUGCUUGUGGAGGAUUUGAUGUCUGUGAUGACAUGGUGACCAACGAUAUCAUGACACCCCUGGUUGCACUUCUGAAAGAGUGCAGCACUGGACUGGAUGCAAACCAGCUGUCUCCAAAGAAAUGCAGAGGGAUGAACAAAAACUAUAUUGAAGACAUAGCCAAUGAGGCUAUUAAUUUGCUGUGGAAUAUAUGUGAAUGCAACAAUACUGCCCUGUACAUAUUCAAUAAAGAAGGAUGUCUGGAGGCUGUGUUACAUUACAUGAAGAAAUUUGCCACAAAUGUGGAUCUGGCUAUUUCAGUAGCAAACUGCUUGCAGGCAGUGACGGAAGAUAAUCCAGAUCUUCUUUCUUCAUUUAAUGCCUCUGCACAGCAAAUACUGGAAACAGUGAUGUUGAGUCCAGAGAGCACCAUGAAGCACAUCCUUCUGAGAACACUGAUAGCAGGCACUAUCUGGAAUAUAAAGGAUACCAUUCCACCAGGCAGCCUGGGAAGCACAGUUAAUGCAAUCCUGAAGAUAUUUUCAGAAUCAUUGGCAAUAGACGCCGGUGAAACUAUUAUUCGUAUGAACGAAGCUGAAAAAAACAGGUUAAAACUUGCUGUGGAGCCAGAAACUGAAGAAAACAUGAGUGAUACUACAGAAAACUGUGUUUUGAGUGAAGAUGAUAACAUGGAAGAAAUACCAAAAGGAAAACUCAGAAGAGAAAAUGACGUUUCAGAUUUACUUCCAUCUGAUAAGUGGGAGCUGAAAGAAGUGACAGCUUUACUGACGGCUCAGCAGACUGCUCUGGAAAUCAUUGUUAAUAUGUGCUGCAGUGAAGAUCCCUCUGAUGAUGAGUGGGAAGAGCUCUCCAGCAGUGAUGAGAGUGACUUGUUCAUGGAAAACUCAUACGACGAGGGGAGUGGGCUGCUGCUGUCACCCCUGUGCCUCUCUGAUGAAGUUAACUCAGCGUUUCUGAACAACCUCAUUCCAAAGAAGAUUCUUGAAAAAACUGCUUUUCCGAACAGUGUUGCUCUAGACAUCUGUACGCACAAUCCGUCUUGGAAACCAUUAAUUAAAAAACUGAAUGCAGUGCAGUGUAGAGCUUUAACAUGUCUUCAGAGCAUUUUGUUGGUGUCAGAUGUGGAUUGUCUUGGGGGAGCUUCAGCACUUCAGUCGCUUGCACAGCAUCUCUCACAGCUGAUCUUUUCUAAAACAGAACUCCCUACAGACACAGAAUUCCUGGAAGCUGUAACCAGUGCUUUGAGGGCUCUCCUACAAACAAUGGCAUCAAAGAACAUCUCCCAGUGUAUGACUCCUGAGCAGCUAUUGGCUUUGUGUGAGGCUGGCAUUCAAAGCAGCAAUGCCAGUGUUAGAGUGAACGUGGUGAGCAUCCUUGGAAUUUCUGGCAGUGUCCUGGCAAAAGGACAAGAUACAGCUGAAACACUGAAGAUGAUUGGAAAAUUUCUUCUUGAGGUUGCUAUGAAGGAAUCUUCUCUUGUGGUAGCAGGGGAAGCCUUGGAUGCACUUUUUGAUGUAUUUGCAGAUGGUGAAGAAGCAGAGAGGGCAGCAUUACAGAUCAAGUUGCUUCCAACACUGAAGGAAUUUCAGCCAGUGUUCAGAAUGAGGAUGCGAAAAGAAGGCAAAGGACAAUAUAGUACAGAUCAGCUGUGUGUUCUUGACAAUGUGAAGAUGAAUUUGAGAAGAUUCAUUGCAUAUCAGGAGACACUAGGGAAAACCCCAACUUGAAACAUCGAGGAACUUUUAAGGACUUUCCCCUGCUGCAAAAUGUGCCUCUUGUCCUUUGACUGCACACGACCAAGAAGAGCCUGGCUCCAUCUCCUAACCCCCCCUUGGCAGCUGAAAACAGCAAUUGUGUUUCCCUCUUCUCCAAGCCAAAUAAACCCAGCUCUCUCAGCUGUUCCUUGUACGCCCUCUCACCCUCCAACCAUCUUAGUGGCCUUCUGCUUGGCCUGCUCUACUGUGCCUUGUGCUGAGGCCCAAAACUGGACACACUACUCCAGAUGUGAUCUCCUAGGUGCUGAAUAGAGGCAAGUGAUUGGUUUUCUUGUCCUGCUGGCCAUGCUUCUGCCAGCACAGCCUGUUAAUUGUUAGCUGUUGGCACUGCACUGCUGGCUUCAGCUUACUGUCCACCAGGACCCUUUGGUCCUUCUCUCCAAAGCUGUCCUUUGGUCAUUCAGUCAAGAGCACUGUCCCAAGUGUAGGAAUUUGCAUUUUACAAGUGCAGCAGCCAGAAUCUGUUUCCUGGGGACCAUUAGAAAACCAAAGUAUGUUGUUUUUUGUUUUGGGUUUU